AUCGCUUAUGGGCCAGACGACCGUGCCUCGGCCGUCAUCGGCGAUGAGGUUACAACAACAAUUAUCAUGCUUUUAAAACCUACUCAGAAAUAAAGGCUUGUUCACAUAUCUGAUUGAAAAUCGAUGGCAGCUGGGACCUUCUUGGAGGUCAGGUCUCAGGUUGGCAUGGAUCACAAAGCUCUCAGCGCCAAUGCUGAGCCCUGGGCGGCAUCAAUUCAACGGAGGAAAACCUCAGUACCGCGGGCCGCCCUUAUCUUGACUGCAGCUUCCUUACUGUGUCUUCUACUCAGUAAUUUCAGCGGCGUCUCUUGGAGGAAUCUGCUCACAGACAUUGAUCGUAUAAGCCAUGCAAAGGCGAACGAGUCCGCGUUUGACUGGAAUGAUAUCAAACCAGCAACUGAUCUUCAAUAUCAUGCCUGCUAUGGAAAUCUCCAAUGCGCCCGCUUGGACGUCCCCAUGGACUAUAAUGCCGCCGAGGACUCUUCGGCUCGUGUGGCCCUAGCCAUUGUCCGAAGACCUGCAAAGGUCCCGGUCAGCAGCCCUAGUUAUGGCGGAGCAAUUCUGAUCAACCCAGGCGGUCCAGGAGGUUCUGGCGUCGCACAGAUGCUCUACCAUGGCAGCCAGCUACGGACCAUCGUCGACUCGGAUACGCCCGUGGACGAAGCAUCAGAGUCAGACAAGUUCUUCGACAUUAUCGGCUUCGAUCCUCGAGGCAUCAACCACAGCAGGCCUCUCCUGACCUGCUUCCCGGACACUUUCGCGCGAUCAACCUGGGCCUUACAAGCCGGCGCCGAGGGACUCUUAGGCAGUUCGGAGACAUCACUACGGACUGCCUGGAGACGAGCGACCGCUCUGUCGACGGGAUGCUCGAGCCGAUUGAACAAUGACGACAACGGAACCAAUUUCCUCGAACAUGUCAACACUACGCCCGCAGCCGCCGAUAUGGUCUCGAUCAUCGAGGCGCAUGGGCAGUGGCGCGAGAAGGAGGGCCAGAAAGCACAAGCUGUAGCAGACUGCACACAAGGCCACGAGAUCGCGCAACGCACAAAAUGGCAAAAGGGCAAGGAGAAGCUACAAUACUGGGGCUUCUCCUACGGGACGGUCAUCGGCUCGACCUUCGCCGCAAUUUAUCCUGAACGAGUAUCUCGAAUCGUCCUUGACGGCGUAGUCGAUGCGCAAGACUACUUCAACGGCCCGUGGCUCACCAACCUCGAAGACUCAGACCAAAUCCUGCACAAGAUCACGGAAUACUGCUCCGACGCCGGUCCCGAGUCCUGCCCGAUCUGGCGGCCCGGCGGACCAGACGCUAUCCUCGCCGCACUCGACAAAUUGUUACAAGACAUCUGGGACGAUCCACUGGCCGUUGUCGGCGACAAAUCCCACGGCCCCGAAAUCAUAACAUGGACAGACGUCAAGAUGGUCCUCAAAGACGCAUUAUACCAGCCCAUGCAUCUCGGUCCCAUCAUGGCGAAGCUAGUGGCAGACCUGACUAAUGGGACUGGUAGAGUCUUCGCAGACGCCAAACAAGCGGCGCGCCAUCCGGCUUGUCGGUCUGCGUCAUGUGAAGCGGCCGGCCCCUUCUCCGACGCAUGUGUGCUUCCAGACUGGAACGAACUCGAAGCUACCUCCGCCAUAUUGUGUACUGAUGCAGAAGGUAUAGGCAGCCUGACGGAAGACGAGUUCAGGGAGUAUUGGACAACGCUACGGAAUCAGUCCUCCACAAUGGCCGAUUACUGGGCGCAAAUCCGACUGGGUUGCGCAGGGUGGCAGGCCCGUGCGAAGUGGCGGUACACAAAUCCCAAGAACGAUACGUUGACGAUGACGACAGAGACGGGACAUCCGAUACUCUGGGUGUCGAAUACGCUGGACACAGUCACACCGUUGGCCAAUGCGAAGAGGAUGAGUGCGAGGUUUGCCGGGUCGGUGGUACUACAGCAGGAUUGUGAGGGGCAUUGCUCGUUCGCUGCACCGUCGGUGUGCACGGCGAAGAGCGUGAGACGGUAUUUCCAAACUGGUGUUUUGCCGGAACAGGGGACGUUGUGUCAGGCUGAUGAGAAGCCUUUCCAACCUGCUGUGGCACAGGCUCAGCGCGAGGGGAUGAGUGAGAUGGAUGCAGAGCUUUUGGAGGCGCUGAGGGAGAUGACGAGGGUGCAUGUCCCUGUCCCACAUGUACUGGGUAUGUCACGAAUCUUGUGAGCGACAUACAGUGGGCUGGAUGGAGGUAUACACAAGCAGCGUAGGGGACAAGCUUGAGAAGGUUCCCUUUCAGGAGCCUAACGACUGAUAACGGCCGCUACACAGGAUUUGGACGCACGAAAAUGAAUGCGCCAUGGCAUGGCUUCGGAGCAAACGUAACGACAUGGAGUAGAAAUAUCAAUAUCAAUAUCUCUAUCAAUAUAUCUCUA